AUGUGGACGAAGCUCGUUGCAGGAGGAAAGAUAUCAUCGGAAACGAGCUUUGAGGGCACGAGGCUGAGGUACGGGCUGCGGAUGGACGCGCGCGGCGGGAUCGAGGAGUUUGUGGAGGAUGCAGAGGAGGGAGGGGAGAGCGACGGGAGCUGGUCCAACUGCCGCUCGCUCUACAAGGAAGACAGGGGCGUCAUGGUCAAGCUUGUCAGCAGCCGCCGCCUCCGCCCACCAGCCGCGUUCAAUCGCAGCCAACGUCGGGUGUUCCCGCCACACGACGACUCCUGCUCGCUCUGCUACGGAGCCAUCAGCCUCCCCCUGCGAGAGAAGGCGGCAGUCGUCGCCCUCCCCGAGGAGAGCGGGGGGAGGAGGUGGGACUUCCACUACAACAUCGCUCCGAUCGAGUCGAGAGGACAUUUCUUGGUGGUCCCUGACAUGACCAAGGAGGACAACUGCAGGGAGCAGAAGCUGCUCUUGAGAGACUGUAUCGACAUGGCAUGGAAGCAAGACUACGUGUACAUCGUGGAGGGAGCGAGGGAGCGAGAAGGAACGUGGCAAUUUGGCGAAGUCUCAGUCAGAGAGCUCGAGUACCCUGCCUUCUGCGUGAAGAUCAGCAACGAAAACCCUCCGGAGCACGUAGGAAAAGUCGUUCAUACCAUUUUGGAGGCUGCGAGUGAAGACCCCGACCUCUCUUGGAACCUGGUCUUCUCCAAUGGCUACAUCUACCUCUUCCUCCGCAUCAGCGAGGUCGCCCCUGUUUCGCUCCCAGGAUUCGCCUUCGGGUGCAACCAAAUGAUGGGGUUCUGGAACGUGGACACGGAAGAUCAGUUCGAUAUGGUGAACUACGACACUGUUAUGAGAGCGCUGGAGGAGACGUCGGUCGCCUCCUCGCGAGGGCGGGACGUGAUCUCAAGAGCCCAGGGGAUGUUUCAAACUGCCAGUAGCCAGUGA